AUGUUGCGAUCACGAGUUAAAGUGACCACCAUGUUAUUUGUACUGAUUUUAUUGCUCAUGGCCACUUCCUGCACUGCUAAGGACAACAAACCACCAGACACCAAGGUAACUACAUUUAUACCCGUAACCACUACACAUUGAUUAUAUUUGAUUACCGUUGAAUAAAGUUAGUUUAUGGAGAAAACUAGGAAACAAGGAAAAACGUAUCGUGUGGCGUGUAAUAUAAAUAAAUGUACCUAAUUUAAACAAAAAUUAACAUGGUAUGAUUACUUGUACAUCCUCAGCAGAAAUCGAUCGAUAUUUUGAGAGGAGAGAAAACAUUUUUACCCUUAAAAAAACCCGCAAGUUACCGUGUUUAUAUCAAUUUGGUAGAUACUUAUAGCUUUUUUGUAGGAAAAAUUAAUUUCUUUAAUCGUAAUUUUCGAUUUCAUUAAAGAAACACAAACCAAAACUUUCAGACUUAAAGAAGAUCAGUAAUUACUUCCUUAUCUGCAUUAAAACGUUUGAUGACAGAUAAAAUUGUCAAGUACGACUACCAGUUUGUUAUUGUUGGCAGCCUGUUCAAUCUUGUCCAUCUUGUAAUAAUGGCGGACAAACCGGGAUGUGGACAUACAUGACAUGCGUCCCAGGAGCCCCUGGGGCACCUGGUAGUGAUGGAGCCAAAGGAGACCUGGGAAGCCCAGGGAAAACUGGGACCCAGGGACCACGUGGUGCUGACGGAAAGAAAGGAGCAAAGGGAGAACCUGGGAUCCAGGGUUCCACCGGACAUAAAGGAGAGCGAGGCGACAAAGGCGACAGUGGGACGACACGGCUGGCUUCACACAUGAACUGGAAGGAGUGUGCUUGGAAAAAGGAAUACAGCACAGAUUCAGGACUGAUAUAUGUAAGUGCGGAUCGUCAGUUUGUUACCCAAGUUAAAUAAUAUUCUAUUAGCUCAAAGCAAGCAAUUUUCACUGCAAUGAUUGAUUGCCAUAAUACUUUGGAAAGCGGUCAGCGAUGAUGAUGGCGGCGCCUUUUGAAGCUUUGUAGUUUUAUAGAGCCAUAUUUAGUUUUACUAUACUGUGACCUAAUUCUCCAUUCUUAAUUUCGUUGCCAACCCUAUGUAAAUGUAGUUAUUUUUUUGUCGAAAUACCUUGUACUAAUUAAUAUUGUACGACUGAUGUGUUAUUCUUAUUUUUUAUAGAAUGGAGAAAAUAAUAAUACAAUACUAUACGGAUGCUCUUUCUUUGUGUCUUGUUUAGAACUGUGACUUUGUGAAGAAAUACCCGGACUCUUCCCUGCAUGUCUACUAUGCUGGCAACCUCAGAGUUGGGAGAUGUGACCAAUGCUGUAGUCGAUGGUAUUUCACCUUCAAUGGAGCCGAGUGCAGCUCUCCUGGAACUAUUGACGGUGCAUUCUACAUGGCAACAGGCAGAAGCCACUAUCUUCACCGUCACCGCCACGUCGAAGGUCACUGCAAUAACAUUCAGAAAGGGAAGGUGCGACUGGGAUUCUGGGUUGGAAAAUGCUUCACAGGACAAAAGCUUGCUGACGCCCAUACUGGUUGGCAUUCAAUAAAUCGUAUAUUUAUUGAGGAAGUACCGAAAGCUCAGCAGUGA